GUUAGAAUGUAUUUUUCAAUUUAUAAUUUAUUUCGAAACAUGUCAAUAUAAAUGUUAGAUCGGUGUAGUUAUCUAAUAUCUAUUCCAAACCAUGUUCUAUCUCUAACCAUCAUUUUCUGUAAAGAUUUGCCAGAAUUGAAGGGCAGUUAAAACGAAUGAACAGUUGGCUGAGGCCUACAAUCUUUCCUUUCGGUUGGUUAUUCCUUCCCGCCAAUACAGACCCGAUUAGCAAUAUGGGAAGAAGACGACUGUUGCUAUUUUCUGUAACGAUUUGCCAGAAUUGAAGGGCAGUUAAAACGAAUUAACAGUUGGCUGAGGUCUACAAUACUAUUCUUCCUUCCCGCCAAUACAGACCCGAUUAGGAAUAUGGGAAGAAGGCGACUGUUGCUGCUGUUAAAGCCCUUGGAUGUGUACUCGUUACAUCAAUCAACCGGCGUCCCUCGUCGCAAUACAAACCCUAAGGUGUUACAAUUUAUCGAUAGCAGAUGCAGAGUUCAUAAAGCUGCCAUAGAUUUCUGUCAAGAUAUCUUAAGAAGAAAAUCCAUUGAAUGGGAUGCUGUUUUUCGUAGUCAUCUCUCUCAACCAAUUCAUAAUUUUGAUCUUGUUGUUACCAUUGGUGGUGAUGGAACCCUUCUAAGUGCAAGUCAUUUCUUGAAUGAUUCAAUUCCAUUACUUGGAUUAAACUCUGACCCCACUCAACCACAAGAGGUGGAAGAACUCGGUGAUGAAUUUGAUGCAACAAGAAGCACUGGUUUUCUUUGUGCAGCAACUAUCAAAAACUUUGAACAGAUGCUAAAUAACAUUUUGGAGAAUGGAAUGACUCCUACUGAGCUAUCAAGAAUGGCUAUUAAAGUGAACUCAGAGCUACUUCCACUAUAUGCUCUUAAUGAUGUUUUGAUAUCAGAUCCAAAUCCUGCAGCUGUUUCUAGGUUCUCAUUCAGAAUUAGAAAACAGGGAUCAAGUCAACCGCUGGUCAACUGUCGAUCUAGUGGUCUGAGAGUGUCAACUGCUGCUGGAUCAACGGCUGCAAUGCUAUCAGCUGGUGGACACUCAAUGUCUGUUUCAUCUAAAGAUCUUCAAUACAUGGUAAGAGAACCGAUUUCAGUGACACAAGAGCAUUUGAGAUUAAUGCAUGGAUUAGUGAAGCCUAAAGAAUCAAUGGAUAUUGAUUGGCAAACAAAUGAAGGGUUAAUCUACAUUGAUGGUGCUCAUAUUGUUCAUAAUGUUCAACAUGGUGAUUCCAUUCAAAUAUCUUCAUGUGCUCCAUGUUUGAAAAUCUUUUUGCCUCAUCAUUUGUUAGGAACAAGUAAGAUGUGAGUGGAUGAUUGGAUUUUUGUAGCUAAUUCAAUUGAGUUUUGGUAUAUGAUAUAAAAAUGAUUACUUUAUUGUGUUUUACUUUCAAUAAGUUGAAUGUUUUUUUGAUGGUUUAUAGUUGCUACAACAUUUUAUGUUUGUUUCAUAACUAAAAAACACUUCAAAACAUUGAAGUAUGAUGUG